AUAACGAGAAGACAUAAGGCACUAGGCAGUAGGCGCAGUACUCUUAGCAGUCUGCAGCGCUACUAAGUAUAGUUGAAACCUAGGUAUCGUCGCGGAGGAUUGGCAUCACUGAAAGAAGAGCGCUGCUGCUGCGGGCUGCGCUGUUACUGUUUACUGUUAGGGGGAAAAAAGGAGAGAAAUAAAUAUGGCGUAGAGCGAUUGUUACACAUGCGUCAGUGCUCCUCUCUCGGUAAGAUCCUUUUCGGCUAAUAAACUACAUCGGCUCCGCCUCGGUGUGCGCUACAGCUCUCGUGUGUGCACUGUGCAGUCCUUCUAACGCUUUUAUUCCGGCAGCGGCUGGCUCUAAUAUGUGACACCUGAGCUCCGCACCUGCAGUGUACCGUGCACCAAAGCAAUCAACGGGCUCGUCGUCGUCGUCGUCUACCUAUUCUAGACAUCAUCCUCGACGCCGUGAGUUCAGGGAAAAGAGCACGCGACAUAAAAUGGUUGAAGUAAAAUAUGUUUAUUUCACAUCUCAAUCUAACCAUUCAGGUAUUUUGGAGAGAACUGCACCUGCAAAGUAUGUUAAAACGGCAAAAGUACUGAGUGACGUAAUAAUACAAAGAAUUGAAAAUACAGGUUGUAAAUAUAAAGACAUUUGUAUAUUGAAAUUAAAACUUCCUAAUGAUAAAGAACAAGAUAUAACUGCAAGCAUGUUCAGUCCUGCCAAUCUUGAAAAUGUUCUUGAAGAGGUAAUACGUACUUUACCUCCAGAAGAUGAAACACCUUCACUGCAGUUAUCAAUGGAAUGGUACAAAGAACAUAGAGGAGUAAGAGUACCUAAGAAUGUUUCUAGACCUGUAAAACCUGCAACGAAGUAUAAGUCUUGCACUGAAAGUUAUGAUAAUAGUUCAAAGAUUUUAUGCAAUGAUACCGAAACUUUAAAACCUAAUUAUGUGGGUUUAGUGAAUCAAGCAAUGACAUGCUAUCUCAAUAGUCUUCUACAAGCAUUGUACAUGACUCCUGAAUUUAGAAAUGCUUUGUAUAAUUGGGAGUACAAAAGUUCAGAAAAGAACACAACUAAUAGCAGCACAACUAGCAAUAGUAUUCCAUAUCAGCUACAAAAAUUGUUUCUCAAUCUGCAGACAUCACAAAAAACUGCUGUUGAAACGACUUCGUUAACUAAAAGUUUUGGUUGGAAUUCAAAUGACGCAUGGCACCAACAUGACAUUCAAGAAUUGUGCAGAGUGAUGUUUGAUGCACUGGAGCUUACAUUUACAAAUACAGCUCAGGCUGAUCUUAUUAACAGACUUUAUGAAGGUAAAAUAAAUGAUUAUGUAAAGUGCCUAACAUGUAACACAGAAAAGUUUAGAGAAGAUACUUUCCUUGAUAUUCCGUUACCUGUAAGACCUUUUGAUACUAAUGUAGCAUAUGGUAGUGUGGAAGAAGCAUUGGAAGCAUUUGUAAAGUACGAAACUCUAGAAGGAAAUAAUCAAUAUUUUUGUGAAAAAUGUGACAAAAAGUCGAACGCUCAUAAAGGACUGAAAUUCACCAAAUUUCCAUACAUUUUAACAUUACAGUUAAAACGAUUUGAUUUUGAUCAAAAUACAUAUCACAGAAUAAAAUUAAAUGAUAAAGUAACAUUUCCUGAUGUCUUGAAUUUGAACACCUUUAUUGAAUCAUCAUCAAAUAAGGAAUCCCCUUUGAAUGAAGAAGAUGCUGGCAUGAGUGUAAAAUGUGAUGAUAGUAUUACUACAGACAGCAGUACUAUGGACGAGACAGAGUAUGCUUCAAGUGAUAUAAUUCUGUCAAAUAGUAAUCACUUGAGUAAUCCCGAUCAAGAUGAUGAUGAAGGCAUUGAUGUAAGCAAUGGUAUGUCGUCUUCGUCAUCUAGUAUGCACAAUAACAACGCCGAAAAAAUACGUGAGGAUUAUGCAGAAGCAAAAGGACCGUACAUUUAUGAGCUUUUUUCCAUUAUGAUCCACAGUGGCAGUGCAAGUGGUGGUCACUACUAUGCUUAUAUAAAAGACUUCCGAACUGACAAAUGGCUGUGUUUUAAUGAUCAGAUUGUUACACCUAUAACUCAGGACGAAAUUCAAAAAACAUAUGGAGGUGGUAAUAGGCCAGGAUAUUUUAGUGGAGCAUAUAGAAGUAGUACAAAUGCAUAUAUGCUAAUGUACAGACAAAUAGAUCCAAAACGUAAUGCUUUACCUAUGCAAGCCGACGAUUUUCCUCCUCAUAUUAAGGAACUUCUAGAAAAGAUGAAAAAAAGUGAGGAAGAACGAAAUUGUUAUAUUGAUGAACCAAGUUUUGUGGAUAGACGUUAUAACAGGCCUAUUUACUAUCGACAUCCAGCAACCGGUGAAGUCAAAGAAGUUUUUGUUUCAUUUAGAAUGAGUAUGACACUGCGUCAGAUUGCGGAAGCGACUUACAAAGAGGCUAAUCUUGACAGUCUUGUUGAUUUUGAGCAAUGCCGCAUAGUCAACUAUUUACCUCGUUACGAUUUAAUUGAAUGCUCUUAUGAAGAUUGUGAUCACACGAAACUCGAAGAUUUGUUUGACUAUACCAGAAUGAACCUGCUACUUGAUAUACGUCCAAAGUCUGAACAAUUUGAAUCUUACCUUCCUAUGCCAAUCAUUACAAAGGUUUACGUGAUUGACGCUUUGGACACAAAUAUUGUUGACGGACCAAAAUACAUACGUGCUAAUCAAAAACAAACCAUUCAGGAAUUCAAACAGGAACUUAAGAAACACUUUAACUUAGAUCCAAAUACUGUGCAACUACUUUGUCAAGAAAUACAGCAAAAUAAAUUGCUGGAUGAUGAUUUGGUGCUUGAAUCAAAAUAUUCAGGGCAUCUUUUUAAGAUUGGCGCUACUGAUUCUUAUGAACAUGAGAUGCUGAUGAAUCUUGAAGAAUCAGUGUUCUUUAAAAUGUGUGAAUACUUGGAUGAUAUUGUGACUUUUUAUGUAGAUACAAGCAAAGUCACCAAAGAACAACUAGUAAAACAAGGUAUACCAACUCUUGACGAAUAUUAUAAAGAAGAAAAAACACAAGAAAACACUAAUAGUCUAUUUAAUUGUGUUACGGAUGAAAUAUCAAAAUUUAAUAUUUCAUCUUCAUAUAACAACUCUGCCAAAAAUCAUUCACAAAUCGCUCCAAAUUCUGACAUGACAGAUGUUUACGAAAUGAUUUUGCAAAAUAAAGGAGCUAUUGAUAAGGAAGAAUGCAAAGUUCAAGAAACAAGUAAUAGUGAGGAUAGCAGUUUGAGUGAUAGUGAUAGAACGUUAGUAGGGGAUGUACCCGAAGAAUCUGAAUUAGAUUGUGAAUCGGCUCUUAAUCCGGCAGAUAGAUUUACAGGAAGUCACUUUUAUCCGAAUUCACUAAUAAAUCAGAAUAAUGAGAGUGAACUUGUAAAAUAUUUUAAGAUUUCAACUGUAAAAAAUCAAAAGUUAUUGAAAAUAUCAGUGGAUUACAGGAUUAAAGAAGAUGAAUUAAAAGAGAAACUAGAAUCAAGUUUAAAUAUUCCCAAGGAUUAUUUUAAAUUAACAGAAUUCGUAGCGGAAGAUGCAUGCUCAUAUAGCUCGUCUCGGAAUAAACUGGUAUUAAAAGAAGACCAAAAGUAUUCGAUUUGUUUAGGACGAAUAUGCAAUUCCAACGAAUUAAAACUGGAUGUAUAUAGGUUAGACAUGCAAAGCAUGUUGCCAUUAGCGAGAUUGUCAACUCUGUAUGUCAACAAAACUACGACCGUUGGAAAUGUUAAGAAACAAAUACGAGCUGAGUUGAAAAGAAAAAAUAUUUUAGAUUUGCAAGAUGGAAAGUGGCUGUUUGUAGACUACAAUGAGGAAAUAUUGGGCGAUGUCUGGAGUAAUGACGAAAAUCGCUUACAUUCUACAGAUGGAAUCUGCUUAUGCCCUAGCGAUUCGCCGAUCUGCGUCAAAAAAUGGAAUCGUAAGGAUAUGCAAUUAGAAAAUCCGGAACCAAUUUCUGUUACUGGUGACAAUAUAAACAUAAAACUGAAAGAAACUAUAUCAUCCAUGUCGAAAAUCCCACUUGAGUGCCUGGAAUUAUGUCCAAUGGUUGUUGGGAAACAGUCUGCUUUAGAUAAAAUAGAGACGUUUAAAUGGAUAUCAGAUAUAAAUAACGAUGAAAUAGAUUGCAAAACCUACAUACUGUACAGAGAUUCGAGAGAGACGCCAAAAAUACUCACGGAGGAAGAAAAGAACAAUAUGCGGCGGAAUGCAAUAAGUCGGCAGGAUCGCUACAACUUGCCGCCAACUCCGAUGACCUCCAGUCCACGAAGGGAAAAAGCGCUUAAAAUACACGUGGAUCCGUCAUGAUCCGGGAAAGCUCGAGUUCACACUGAGGAAUGCUCUCAGCAUUAAGUUAGUUAAUUAUUUGUUUCUUAAAAAAAGGAGAAGUUAGGUAUUGUUUACUGUUCAGCCAAAAAAGAAGAAUAAAAACAGGUGUGUGCAAAGCACCACCCGUCCAAGCAACUUGUCCGAUGAUAAGCCGUUAUUUUGUCAACGAAAUCGUCAAAGAUUUAAAAUAAAAAACCCUUUUAAUGCCAUAUAGAAUAUAAUAUCAUCGUGCAAUCGCUUACAAAAGGUAGUCACAUGAACAAUGCCUAGGAUUACAAGAAAAAAGUCAGGGUAACCGAUUUUUUUUUUUUUUUUAAGUAAAAGAUAAUUCAUGUUUUUUAUUUCAAACUAUUAUUCAGUUUUUAUAUCUGAGGCAUAAAAAAUUGUUCUUCUGAUUAGCGUUUAAUAUUUGUUAAAUUAAAGUAACAUCUAAUAUUUAUAUUUUAUUCUCAUUUUAACGUUUUCUUUUGCAAAAACUGUUUCGAGUGGCUUCCAGAAUUAUGUGUGUCUAGCUUAUUUACCAUAUACUUUUUAUGGAAAUUUAUAAGCUUUGAUAAAUUAAAUCAGUUUUUAUUUACUUUAUUCUUCCUCCCACCGAAUGUAAUUGAUAGGAUAAAAUUUUGUUGCUCAUAACGAAUAAAGAUUCUAUGUGUAAAUAUAUAUAAAAUGAAAGAGACACUUUAUAUAUUCGCACAAUUGUAAAUGGAAAAUCAUUGAAUUUUAGUAAUUAAGAGUUUCUAAAAUAAGCAUCUUCAAUUGCGAGCGGGAAUUCAAAGUAUUCCUUGUGUGACUAAAAGGCCACUAAAUUUAUAUUUUUGAACAGGAGAAUAUCUACUUUUUUCAUUAUAACUACAGAAUUUGUUUGCAUUUAUCAAAAGCUUGGCGUGGCAUUUGUUUAAUAUUCCAAGUUUCUUAAAUAAAAAUGAUUUGGUAUUGAAAGGGUUGUAUGUAAAAUUGCUUCCUAAUGUUUUUUAAACAUUGAUAAGUGGUAUCAAGUAGAAUUCGCAAUAUCUUUUAAUUGUUAACAUAGGUUUAAUGUGUAUUUAUUGCUUUUUUGUUAUAAUAAUACGCAAUAAUUCAAGUUCAGACAUUAUUCAAAAGUUGAUAUCUUUUAACUUGUACGAAAUCGUAAUUUAAAUGUAUAUCUGCAUGAUUUAAUAUUAAAUAUUGAUUCAAUAUUUAAGAGAAAAACAAUCAUUGUGUUUUCUGAACAGGUCUUUUAUACGCAUGCUCUUUUUGAUUAAUCAAUUUUAGAUUUUAUUCUCCUCAACAUUUGCAAAUGCGUCAUCGAUAAAUAAGGCAGAAUAAAAGAAUAUUUGAUUAUUUCUUUUGCAUUCAAUAUGAAAUUGAGUCACUUUUACAAUUUAAAUUACAGAAUACGCUUAAUAUAAUUCGAAAAACUGUAUUACAAAUUCUUCUUCAACAUUGACGGUCAAACAUGUUUAUGUAUCAUACACUGUAGUUAUGAAACAAAUUAUAUUUAUAAAUAUUAACAAAAAAAUGUCUUAAUUUUUUUUUAUUUUCUAUAGAAACGGAUAUUUAUUAAAACCUUUAUCAACAUCUUAAUUAAUAAAAAUAAUAAAUUAAUGAAAAAUAAUAAAUUACGUUGCUUGGAGCAAACGAUGCGUUGCACUCGAGCCAGACACAAAUGUAUAUUGAGCCACAACAAAUAUGAAUGAACUAUAUGACAUAAGAAUAUCGUUUAAGAUAACGUAUGUAUCAAUGCUGCUCAUGUGUACAUAGAAAAACAUUUUAUUUAAAUUAGACAUUUAUAAUAUACGGUAUACGAGUAUAUAAAAAAGAACAAAUGACAUUUUUUUAAAUUAUAGUUGAUAAAUAUUACAAGUAUUUUUUAUAAAUAGGCUUGCCAGCCUUGAAAGAGUUUGCACAAAUUUGUCGGAUCUCGUGCUUGUUGGAUGAGCCUCUCCACUUGCCCUGCAAUGCUUGAGGUAACUCCUUCUUCAAUUCCUUGGAGUUUUUGUUGCACUCUUAAGAGAGCCCUUUCAGCUAGUUUAUUCGUUUCCGUGGUGCCUACUAAAAUGCAAAUUUAUUAAUAAAUAGUAUCAUGAUACUUCGUUCGCCUAA